GUGACUGAAAAUCUGAAAAUUGGCACAUUAUUUGAGGCCUUCAUGACGUGCCUUCAAGAGGAUGGUGUCACAGAGUGUGACCUGGCAUCUGUUUAUCCAGCGAUUCAGGCACAUGCAGAUUGGCUGCCCUCAUACUCCCUGCGUAUAAAACUAACGUAGUUUUCAACUUAGAGGGCUCCAUUAGUUUCAGCGAUGAUAUUCACCUCACUCACCACCAUGGUCAUAUCUUUCGCAGCGAUGGCUGGCGUAGCUAUCGCAUCUGACAACCUGGUACUAACACCAAUAGGUCUACCCUGCGACACCCCUAAUCAAGUGGGGUGCUCGAUGGGCAUCAAAUUUUUCAAUAACGACGACGAUUUCGCGUAUUUGUGCGGACCUAAAAACACAAUUGUUGACUACCAGGCAUGUUCGUGUAAAAAAUGCUGUUACGUGGAUUCCAUGGGGAGCGCCCAGUGUUGAGCCUGAUGUUUAUUGUCCGCUGGGCCGAGUGUUGAUGUGAAAUAAGAGAGGCC